AUGAACGAUCGCGACCUUUUGUCCUGGCUCGCUGCGAUUCCAUCCCACCGCCUUGCGCCGCUGCCCGACAAACGCAAACGCAAACGCGCCGCCGCUCCCCCGACGCCGCCGCCCGACAGUUCCAGUUCCAGCACCAAUUCCACCCAUAUGACGAGUACGCCCGCCAAGCGCCCCGCCAUCCACGGUGACGGCGACCUCGACCAGACCCCGAGACCUGCACGAUCCCGGCCGGCCGAGGAAUCUCUGGCUUCGACACCCUCCAAGAGAAGCAGGACGAGCCAGACCAGUUUCGCGUCCGGGAGCAAGAGGAUAAGGGAGGCGGAAUCCAGUGGGGAUUUGUGCUCCCAGUCCUUUUCCAGGGACGACACGGACGCCCUCCCAGAGGCUCUGCGCACUUUGCAGACCGAUUUGGAGGGCGCCUGCGUCGGAGCCCCCAUCAUCUCCUCGUCUCGGAAACACGAGAUUUCGGCUGCUGGCGUGCUUGGCAAGAGCAUUAGGGACUUUCAUUUCCUCCCUCCAGAUUCGGGACAAGUCGAGUCGCCGACUUUCCGAGAUGUUUGCAAAUACCAAAAAAGGGCUGCGAUGUACAACGACGACAGGUUCGAGGAAGCGGCCUGGUCUGCGUGUAUUAUUAUACCUUUGCUUGAACUGGCAAUUUCGGAUAUUAAAGAGUUGGCUAUAAUCCCUUGCACCACGGCAAAAGUGGCAGACAAGGACUUGCUACCGCGGGGCUAUUCCAAUUGCAAAAUGGUGGACAUCUGCCUCGCCCUCGAGCCUUCACACGUGCCCGAAACUCUCAGCGCGGUACGGCGGGUACAGCAUCUUGCGCCUUCAAAAACCAUCAACCACACAGACUACCACCCUCUGUCAUACCGCCCAAUCGGCCUGAGCAUCGAGGUUAAACGCCCGAGCGGCAGUACGGUGGAAGCAGUGGAGCAGCUGGCAGUGUGGCAAUACGCACAGUGGAAGAUGCUAGAGAUUUUGGCCAUGAAUCCGGACGACAACCAGCCUUUAGCACUGGAAGGACUUGAGUUUCUCCCAGGAAUCAGCAUUGUCGGCCACGAAUGGUCUUUUUCGGCCACCAUCCGCCGCCCGGAUGGCAGCGUUGUUCAAUGGAAAGGGGGCAAACUCGGCGAUACAACAACCGCCCACGGGAUUUACAGCAUUGUUUGGGGGCUACGUCGUAUCGCCAAGUAUCUCACCGAGACCUACUGGCCGUGGUACGAAAAAGAGAUACUACGCAUGGUUCAUAUAAAUGUAUGA